AGAUGGAGAAGAAGACAAUAAUGUAAAGAGGGAAUAAUUAAUUUAGUGGACAAGUGGCUUAAUAUCAGUAGUAGCAGUAGAUGAGCACAGGAGCUGCGAUUCCGUGCCCCAAAAACACACACUUACCCCCCAGAACCCCACUCCAAGCCAAUCAUCCAUCACUACACUACACAACACAACCUCGAUUUGAUCGUUCAUUUCUCUUUCUUUGAAUUCUCAACCCCCUCUCCCUCGUCUAGAAAAAAAUUUCUCUUUUUCUCUCUCUAGUUUGCCAGUAAUGGCAGUGUUGCAGUGGCAGUGCAAGAAGAGAGAGAGAGAGUUUUCAUUGGGAAGGUAAAGCUUUGCACGACAAGGCUCAAAGAUAACACGGCCACCGACCUCCUUCUACCUCUGCAAAGAUCGCGUGCACUCUGCAAAUCUUUCUGUUUCUCACUACUCACUACUUUUCUUCUACACUUUGUUGUUUCUACAUAGGUAGAGAGAGAGAGAGAAGGCGAGUUAAUGCAGUUUUAUGAUCAGAAAGAUAAAACACCCUAUUUCCAGAGGGAAAAAAAAACCCUGAACAGAUUACUCUCUCAGACGCAUUAAAACCCUUCAUCAACUGACUACCACUAUUUAGGAUUUUCUGUAAAAAGGCUGAAAUCAGUAAGCAUAAAACUCGGGAGACCACUGCUUAAGAAACAUUGAAAAAGAGAAAAAGAUUGCUUAUGCGUGUAUAUAACUGAAAAAGAGUGAGACAGAGAUAAUACGUUUAAGGUUUUUUAUAAGGUAAAACAAAGGGAACAAACAGAAUAUUUAGUGAAAGAAGCAGGCAGAGGUUGAAAUGGAGGGCGGUGGCGGUUCUAGUAUGAUGUCUUUUGGAGAAAACAGUGACGGGCUGUGUCCAUCGAUGAUGAUGCCGCCAUUGUCUUCUCACCCUAAUUCUCAUGCACCCAGCAGCAGUAUGCUAUUUCUUCCUCUUCCACUCCCCAGCAACAAUCAAGACCUAAAUCGAUAUAAUAGCGGCGGUGGCGGCUCUACCAUGAUGAUUGAAGAAAAUUACAACAACGCAAGCACUGGGGAUUAUCUUAUGGAGAGCAAUAGCGACAACGAUGGAGGAAACUAUGCUGUCAAAGCAAAGAUCAUGGCUCAUCCGCAUUACCAUCGUCUCUUGGCUGCUUAUGUUAAUUGUCAAAAGAUAGGAGCUCCACCGGAAGUAGUGGCAAGACUUGAGGAAGCAUGCUCGUCAGCCGCCGCAAUGGGCCGCCAAUCAAGCAGGGUGGGUGAAGAUCCAGCGCUUGACCAAUUUAUGGAGGCAUACUGUGAAAUGUUAACGAAGUACGAACAAGAACUCUCAAAACCAUUCAAGGAAGCCGUGCUCUUUCUAUCAAGAAUUGAGUGCCAGUUCAAGGCUCUCUCUCUCCCCUCUGAUCCUGAUGCUUAUGCUCCAUUCGCAUUGUCAGUGGCCUAUGGUGAUGCAGCUGAUAUCAAUGGAUCAUCUGGAGAAGAGAUUGAUGUGAAUAACAGUGUCAUAGAUCCUCAAGCCGGAGAUGGGGAACUGAAAGGUCAGCUCUUGCGCAAAUACAGUGGAUAUUUGGGCAGCUUAAAGCAGGAAUUUAUGAAGAAAAGAAAGAAAGGAAAGCUACCAAAAGAAGCCAGGCAACAACUGUUAGACUGGUGGAGCAGGCAUUAUAAAUGGCCAUAUCCCUCGGUAUGUACUGUACAAUCUUAUUUAUUAAUAUAAAUUUAGUCCAUUAUG